GUUCGCGAAUGUCACUAACUCCAAUGUAUCACUCCGUAACACAGUGUGAGCGCCAAGUAGGUUGAUAAGGCGUACGUUGAUCACUUGUGUCCCACUGUGUGCCGUGUAUUAGUAACACUUACAUAUAUAUACGUGAUGCUCGCAUGCGUACAUUCAUGUCUACUCGCCGUCUGCGUUGUUAUAGCUACCGAAACAGUAAUUACUCUUGGCAUCAGAUUUCCAGAGAACCUGCAAUGCGCAAAUGGUGGUUAUCGCAAGUAUUCUGAAUGCGGCUGUGGGACAGAGUACGCUGUAACAGAAAGAAGAAAAAAUAUUCCACUCUACGACAUUGGGAACUACUUCUACUAUUGGAAUGAAAACUACAAAAAACGGUUCUACUACUGCAGGAGUUGCAGUUUUUGUGAUGACGGCAUCCCAACGAUAGCGCCGUGCUGGGAAAAUCAAGAUACAAUAUGUGGAGAAUAUUGUGAAGAUGUCGAUAAAUAUUAUGAUAUAGGAACCAAGUCCUGUCAACUUAAAUCAUUGCUAAAACCUCAGAGAGGGAGUGCGGUGUUUGCGAGUCUUAGUGAGACCACCGAAUCGCCUAAAGUAGAAAAUAAAGUGCACUUCAAAGACGAAGUCACCAACGUGACACCCGAGUACGGCGCUUUCACGGCUUUGAGUACCGCCGAUGAUACCGCACGUAGUCAACGUUACCAUGGUAACGAGUCGAUAGCCAUGAUGACGGUGACCGCAGUUCUGUUUGCCGUGAUGAUUAUAUUGGCUGUCAUCACCCUCAGUAUAGCGUGCAGACGUCUGCGACGUAACACAAAACAACUCAAUAAGCCCGAACGCGAGGCUGAAAACAUUGAAAUGAUGCCCUGAAGGAUUAAUCACAGGGAGCCCAGGAACUAUAAUCAACUGUAGUACGCAGUCUCUAUGAGCGGGGGGGGGG